AUCUCAUGGUAGAAGGUUGCAAGUUUUUUGAAGAACUACUGAGAAGCCUCAGUGGAGGACGUGGUAUAGCUAAAAUAGCUUGAGUUUUCCGAGUAAGGGAAGGCAACAGUUCAAGAUGCUUCAUCAAAACUGACUCAAACCACCUUGUUUUAAAGAAGUAGAAUUGCAUGCAGUGAGUGCUUUUCUAUUCUUUGCACUGAACUCAUCCUCCCCACCUACUUAAAUGAGCCUAAAACAACUGAUGAACUGCUCAGGGAUGCAACAUAGUUGUAGAUAGCACAAUUACAGCAACAACAAAGAAUUGGGUAAGGUUCAUAGUAGCUCCUUUAAAGACAGCAAAAGAACAUACUGGCCUAUUUAGUGGAAAAAAGGUGGCUAAAGUGCCGAGGGGGAAGGUAAAUAAUUGCUCAAAGCAACACUGAGAGUUUGCCUUAAAACAGCAGCAGCUGACCUUCUCCAAAAAGCUGCAGUUCUGCAGCAACUGUGCUAUAUGCAGAAGUAAAGAUUAAGUGCCUAGUGCAUACAAAGGUUAUGCUGGUAAAACAGGAAUGUCUCCACUGGGAGUCUGACUGCUGGGAGGUGGGAUGAGAGCAGAACUGCUAUUACCUUAAGCAGAGAGGAAUCUCAGUAUGGACAUAAAAUAGUAAUUACAGGAUUAACAUCUAUUUUCUAUGAAGAAGCUUCAGUCUGUCCUACGGUGCUUGCAAAGGACAGGAAGCACUGCAGCAGAUGCUGAGGAAAAGCUAAUGAACCACCUACUGAGUCCUGACAGGUACAACAAGUUAAUUCGCCCAGCUGUCAACUCAUCCCAGUUGGUAUCUAUAGAACUGCAGGUUUCCCUGGCACAGCUCAUCAGUGUGAACGAACGAGAGCAGAUCAUGACUACAAAUGUCUGGUUAAACCAGGAGUGGAUUGAUUAUCGUUUGGCUUGGAAGCCUUCUGACUACGAAGGAAUAAAUAUGCUGAGAAUACCUGCAAAACAUAUCUGGCUGCCAGACAUUGUGCUUUACAAUAAUGCGGAUGGUACAUAUGAAGUUUCGCUAUACACAAAUGCAAUUGUACAGAAUAAUGGGAGCAUUCGCUGGUUGCCUCCAGCAAUUUACAAGAGUGCCUGCAAGAUUGAGGUUAAGCAUUUCCCAUUUGAUCAACAAAACUGCACCUUAAAGUUCCGGUCUUGGACGUAUGAUCACACAGAAAUUGAUAUGGUACUUAAAACUUCCAUGGCAAGCAUGGAUGACUUUACACCAAGUGGAGAAUGGGACAUUGUAGCACUCCCAGGAAGAAGAACUGUAAAUCCUUUGGAUCCCAAUUAUGUUGAUGUGACGUAUGACUUCAUUAUUAAAAGGAAACCUCUUUUUUAUACCAUCAAUCUUAUAAUUCCUUGUGUGCUAAUUACAUCCUUAGCCAUCCUGGUGUUCUACUUGCCCUCAGACUGCGGCGAAAAAAUGACCUUAUGCAUAUCUGUGUUGCUUGCUUUGACCGUGUUCUUACUGCUGAUCUCCAAAAUUGUUCCUCCAACAUCUCUAGAUGUUCCACUGAUCGGGAAGUACCUCAUGUUUACAAUGGUACUGGUGACUUUCUCCAUAGUUACCAGUGUCUGCGUACUCAAUGUCCACCACAGAUCUCCAAGCACUCACACCAUGCCUCCGUGGGUAAAGCUGGUUUUCCUUGAAAGACUCCCAGCCUACCUGUUCAUGAAGCGCCCAGAAAAUAAUUCGCCACGGCAAAAGCCGUGCAACUGCAAAAAGACAAGAGCAGAGAAUCUCUGCAUGGACACAGCUGACUUCUACAAGAACUCGACUUACUUUGUGAACACAGCCUCUGCCAAAAAGUACGACAUGAAAAUCACUGACACUCUUGACAAUGUCAGCAGCCAUCGAGAUUUUAGGUUAAGAACAGGCACAAAAUUUUCUCCCGAAGUCCAAGAAGCAAUUGAUGGAGUCAGCUUUAUAGCAGAGCACAUGAAAAGUGAUGACAAUGACCAGAGUGUCAUUGAAGACUGGAAGUAUGUUGCCAUGGUAGUGGACAGGCUGUUUCUCUGGAUAUUUGUCCUUGUUUGUGUUCUGGGGACUGUUGGAUUAUUUCUGCAGCCGCUCUUUCAAAACCACAUCGCUGCCACGAACCCUUAGCUCUUAUCUAAAACUGCCAAUGCCUACAUAGAUGCUGGGUCUCAUCGUGCUCUCAGUUUCUCUCUGCUAAAUCCAGAGAUGUCAGAUGAGUUGCUCUCCCAGUGGAUUUACAGAAGGGAUGUGGAAAGCAGCAACAUUAUUUUGAUAGGAAAAAAUACAUAAGAAAAAAAAAAGAAUCAUUUUUCCCAAUGAGUUCAGUACUUCUGGUGAUCUCAUGAUCUCUGGCUCUUUUUUCAACUCUCUGAAGCCUGAAUAUUAGAGAAAGACAUUUCCUGUAUAAUAUGCCAGCUUGGCUCACAAGGAUUAUUUAUUAAAAGGGUGUUUUAUAUACAUUGCCUCAGGAAAGCCAUUUUCUUUCCUUAGAACACUGCAGUUUCCAUACUACAAAGAAGGCUUUUAUUUCCUCAAAUGCAUCAGAAUGAUUUGUGUCUGAUUUAUACAGAGCUUGGUGGGUGGAAUCAUUGUUUAGCUGUGUUGACUGUGAUAUUUAAGACGGAACUGAGAAACAGAGCCAUACUUCUGGUUUCUCAUUGUGCUGUCCCUGCUAGUAGGUUAAUCAACAGAGGCCAAAUUAAUAUGUAAUAUUAACAUUUAUACGCUCUGUUCGGUGACAAAAUGUGAAUAAAAUGCAAAAAUUCUCCUUUA